AUGGCCAAGGGAGCUCUAACGAUGCCUCAACCAAAGGGGUCGCAAUCUUCUUCCAAGCUCCAAGCCCGCUCUCAUGAAGACGAGAAGCAGGAGGUUCGCUGCUAUCAAGACCUCAUCGGCGAAAACGAGAAGACUCCCACACAACAGCCACCCACGCGGCUUCGUCGCACUCAAGCAUAUCCCGAUCUGCCCAGAGAAAACGCCUCAUACGAGCUUGCCAAAUUUCUGCGUGAUACUGGUCCCGAAAGACCAGAGGCUCGCAUGUCGACCGAAGCCACAGAAACCCGGUCAAAAUCUUUGCCUCGUCAGCUGAUGCAGCGAUUCGUGCGCAAAAGCAAGAGCGACAUCAGGCAGGAGAAUUCGAGCAAGUCCAAAAGGUUCACAUACGAUGCUCUAAAAGGGCAUUGGGUUGCACUUGGAGCAGAGCAGACUUCACCUUCACUGCCUGCGGGCUUGCCCGAAGGAGUAGUACAAAAGACCACUUCCGACGGUAAGAAGUACCUUGCGCUGCGGCUGCCACUGGAGAUCAAAGGCGAUGGCUGCAUUGACUAUUCGUACACAACGCAUGAUAUACCUUUGGAGGAUAUCCAGCCGGAAGACCUGACUGGCCUGACCUCCGACCAGGUGAUAGAUGGCUGGUUACAGGACCUCAGAGCAAAGUCAAUCAAGAACGCUCGCUUGUCGACAGCGUCUUCGAUGGCUGUCGGCCAGCUAAGCGCUUUUCUGCCAAGUGAGAAGUCACAACCGAGCGUACACCCUGCGCUUCGUGGUCUUGAGGAUGGCACACCGACUAUCUCAUCGGCAAGCGCGAGCGACUCGUACUCGCUUUGCAGCGAAGGUGAGCAUUCAGAAGAGCGCCACGUGGCGUCGACGUCGUCUGAAGACCUGCUCGCGACGCCCAAGGCAAGAGUGACUUCAAUCACUGUGACUGAGUGCCCACCAGACGUUCCAAUGCGCUCUCCGGCACGCGAUAGCCAUCGUAUUGAAAGCGAGCCUUUGGUCCAACCUGUGAAGACUACGCCACCGCAUGUGAGCAUAAGCAAGAUGUCGACUGCACGGCCAGACUAUGUGCGAAGCAGCAGUGCCGGUGAUCUGCUGUACGCACCCUCAAACAAGAUGCUUACUGGCCAAGAUGGCAGAUGUAAGAGCAUGGCAUCGCAGCUCGAUGUAGCUGCGAUGGAGAGCAUCAUCAACUCCAUCAACUGGACUCUUCACAAGAAGACUGCCGGUCUGCCAGUAUCGAGGUAUGCAGAUGCUUCGAACAAUGAUGCAUCAACGGAAGAUCAGCGACGAGACUCCGUCUCUCCUCUCUCGUCGACGUUCAAUGCGAUCUCUCGGGGCAAGCCAGCAGUAGCCGAGAAUAUCAGAGCCGUCAUCACACCAACAUACUCCAGCAGUCAGAGCUCACAUUCAAGAGGCAACUCUUCAACUUCGUCCGUAAGCCAUCCCCUUGCUCUCAACGUGAUUCCAGAACAACCGACCUCGGACUGUCCAUCUCCAAGAUCACUUUCGCCGAUGUCAAUGAGAAAGCCAGAGGCGAGGAGCAAGCCAAAGUACCGAAAGGAUCCUCGAUUCGGAAUACACAGCCAAAUUGCGGGUGGUCAAGCUGUUUCUCCAAUCGAGUGGAAUCUGAAUGGUGCUUCAUGGCUGGCAGAGCCAAGUGAUGAUUCGGAGCGUAGCCACUCCGUGACAUCCUUGACAGAGACUGGUCGACCAGUCGAGCAGCCUAUAAGACGCCUACAUAGCGCGGCUGCGAACAGCCAUGCGACCAAGAAGCCAGCACCACGACGGGCACGAGUGAAUGCAGGCUCGACAGGCUCGCCACGGCAUGCAAAUCGCAAAUCCGAUGACUCGCGCUCCUUGCAGAGUUUCAUGCCAGCGGGACACUUCCCAAGCGCGCCCUCACCAGCACCUAACAAGGCGCUGCCACCACUACCUGCCAUAUCAUCGCCGACCCACAUCAGCUCCUCGACCCAACGCUCCCACGUCAGCGUCCCACGCAGGAAACCAGUGCCGCAAGCCGGCAACGCCUUCCGAGGCAACGGUGCGGAAAGCCCCCAGAAGCGCACCCGUCUCUGGCUGACCCCAAGCAACCAGGACUUGAGUGAGAGCUAUGCGGUCAACUGUACACCACCACUAUCCUCACCUUUGACCAAUAUGGUUGACCUGGAGGUCCUGGAGGACCAUUUAACAGAGCUCCAGUACAGAGCUUCCCAGCUCUCGGCUAUGGUGAUUGAUAUGUACAACCAUGGUGGCCUGGACCGGACACCUGGUACCAGUCUGUCACAUGGCGGGCAGAGUGCGAGGUUGUUGUUGUAG